AUGUCAAUUGGAGGCGUACAGCUGCCAUACGACAAGUGGGAUUUUAUGGAUAAGAGCGCCAAAGUGUACGGCGUGAAUCUGGGAAACCUGUUCCUUCUUGAGCGCUGGAUGGACGAAGAUUGGUUCACCAGUCAUGCUGGAACGGAUGUCUACGAUAUGUGGAACUGGAUGAAAAAGCUAGGUCCCGUCGAAUCCGCCGCGGCCUUGACAGCGCACUACACCGACUUCAUUGCCGAGCUCGACCUCGCGUCGCUGAUCGCUGCGGGUGCCAACCACGUGCGCAUCCCCAUGGGCUACUGGUCCUGGAUCGACAUCAAGGGGAACGAGCCGUUUCAGAAUAACGGCGAAGUAGCCAAGCUGUCCGAGCUGCUCACCGCACUCUACGCGCACGGCAUGUACGCCACGAUCGACCUGCACGGCAUGCCUGGCUCGCAAUCGACCGACGCGGCGUGCGGACACGCUGCAAGCUCCCCGCAGUGGUUCACACAAGAGAACCAGGACCGCUCAGACCAGAUGCUGGAAAAUGUCAUCAACUUCAUCAGAACUAGUCCUGUCGGUGCCGUUGUCUCAUCCGUCCUCGUCGUCAAUGAGCCCUGCGGACCCGUCGGCUGCCACAACGAGCAUCGUCAGAUAUUACGCGAUUACUACGAGCGGUCGUACAAGAAGCUUAAAGCAGCUAGCAUCCCGAUGUUCUUCCACUCCGGCUUCGUCCCUGGAGGUUUGCAUGCCUGGACCGACUUUGUACAAGGCAAGGACCCCAAGUAUCUCAUCGGAACUGACAACCCAUACCCUGCCGCCUUCCCUCCCAAGUCCAACCAAACGCAGAUCUUUAAGUUGCUCUGCGACAUGGUGCAAUCGUACACGACGCUCCCCUUCCCCGUCGUUCUCGGCGAGUGGUCCCUCGGCUCGGCCAAUCAUGACCCGUCGUUCCAGUACGCAUUCUAUGCAAACCAAGCUGGAGGAUACGCCCGGUCGGCCGGCUCGACGUUCUGGUCGUACGUCGUCAAGCCGACGCACGUCAAGGGUGGCAUCGGCCAGUCUAAGGCUGGCGCACUGCAGUGGUCCUGGAAGGACGCUAAUGCCAAGGGAAUUGUACCCAGCCCGAAAAAUGGAGAGAAGAUCCUGUCUUUCUUUAACACCCUCCUGGAUCAGCAAUGCUAG